AUGAAUAGAAAUAAUAGUAAUGGAGUUGGGAGCAGUACUGGUGCAGGUUCAAGUCAAUCAGGAAUAGAUAAUAACAACAACAAUAAUAAUAAUAGUAAUAAUAAUAAUAAUAGACAACAAGAUGAAUCACCAAAUAGUAAAAAAGUAGUUAAAAAACAACAACAAACAAUUGGUGAAAGAAGAGAGUUAAGAAAGAAAUAUAGAACAUUAAUUCAAGAUGUUUCAGGUAACAAAUCAGAAUUGAUAUUACCAUCAUCGGAUGGAUUAUUAAGAAGUUUAAAGAAAGCUGAUAAUCUUUAUAACAAUGUUCUUCAAGCAAGAGAAGCAGUAUUGGAUUCAGAGUUAUUAGCAUUGGCGAGUCAAUUUGGUGUUGAACAAGCUCAAAAGUUUAAAGUAUCCUUAAACGGAUUCGAUAGUUUUGGUUUAGUAAAUCGUUACAAAGAGAGAUUAACUUUUUAUACUGAUGAAAAUAAUAACAAUAAUUCUACAAUCAAUAAAACUGGUUGGGAAAAGUUAUCACAAUUAUAUCAUACUCAUUUUCAUACCGUACCAGAUUUCGAUUUCAUGUAUGGUCCAAUCAAUUUCGAACCCGAAGAGAAAAAAGUUAGAGCACCACGUAAACUAACUCAAAAAGAUCAACCUGUUGGUGCUGCAAAACAUGCUGAAAAAAUUACAGAUACAUCAAAUCAAGUUGAAUCAGAGACAACAAGUAGUAGAGUUCAAGUAAUGAAACAAUAUAUUGAGAAAAAUCCAGGUAAAAGUUUUAUAGAUUUAGUUGUUGAUGAAACAUCAUUUGCACAAACUGUAGAAAAUAUAUUUUAUUUCUCUUUUCUAUUAAAGGAUGGUCAUGUAAAAAUUGCAAAAGAUAAUGAGGAAAUGAUUAUUCAAACAACUUUACCACCUGAAGAAAAAGAUUAUCAAUCAAAGAAUGCACAAUUAACUCAUUCCGUUGUAAAAUUAGAUUUUAAUACUUGGAAUGAUUUAAAAGAUAUAUCAGAUUUAUCUUUUCAUAUGGAAGAAGAAUUACAACAAUUUAAAAAUAGAAGAGGUGGUGGUGGUGGUGGUGGUUCAUCAACUCAAACUCAUACUUCUACUAGAAAGUAG